AAAAAACAGAAACCGAAAACGCGCGUCGCUUUGUUGGCAAAAGGCAACGAAUGCAGUGCGACUCAUGUGGCAAAUAUGCAUUGAUAAAUAAUAGUAAUUGUUAGAACGAUACCAAUAAACAACGAUAACCGACAACUAAUAGCUAUAAAGAUAACGAUAAACGACGACCAUUUCGAAAAAAAAUAGUGCCACGAUAUAUAAAACGAAAGAGCUCCAGGAAAAUCAAAAAAAUCACCCGCCACAUUUGGGCAGAUUCAACAUCAACUCGGAUCCGAAACUGGAGCUUAAGAUCCAACAAGUGCUGGUGUUCAAAAUCAAUUAGGCAAUUCAAUCACGAUCCACAAUCAAUAAAACUGCAGCUCAAUAUCUGAAAUUGUUAGAUUUUUAUAUAAAUAAUGAUAUAGCCAGUGGAGCUUAAGAAUUAAUUUCAAACCACAAAAAGAUCUUACAUGUUAAAUAAAGCCCAAAUAUCACUGACAAUACAGAAGUGUAUCUCCAAGGUUCCAAAGUUUAUGGUUUACGUUUUGCUACAUAUACACAAUAUCCACCAAAUUGGCAAUACAAUUUUCAUCGACCAACGAGAAUCACAAAAAUGAUUAAGCUGAAAUCAUUGUUUCGCAGAGGACAAGGGACCUCGAGUUCCAACUCCUCGAACUCCUCGCACAAGCAACAGCAGCAGAACUCCAACUCCAACAAUAAUCGCCAGAAGUCACAGUCGAGUACAUCCCUAAACACGGCCCACGAACAACAACAACAACAGCAGCAGCAACAACAGCAGCAGCAGCAGCAGCAACUCAAUAACGCGGCAACAGCUGCAACAGCGAGUGGCACAGCGACAACAAAGUUUUAUUCCAAUCACGAGGCAGCCACAUACGAACGGGGCGUGGAUGUGGGCGAUGAUGAGGCGCUGCUGCUGACGAAUCAACAACAACAACAGCGACUUCAACAACAAUUGCAACAGCAGCAGCAGCAACAGCAACAGCAGCAACAACAACAGAGCCACACGCUGCCGCUGAAAAAGUCAAAGCUAAAAGGACAAAAGCAACCAAAGCAGCUGCCAAUAUUACAACAACAGCAACAGCUUCUGCAACAACAACAGCAGCAACAACAACUGCAACUCCAGCAACAACAGCAACAGCAACAAGCAGCGCUCCGCAAUGCGAAUGUACAACCAGAACAACAACAACAACAACAACUAAUGACUUCCAUUGCGGCCGUGCCUCCAGCAGCGGCAACCAACAACAGUAGCAGCACCAGCAGCAGCGGCAACAACAACAACAUUAACAACAACAACGCAUUGGCCGCGUUGCAAGAUGGUGGCGCUGCUGCCGCCGCCGCAGCUGAUUUCUAUCAACAACUAGCAGCAGCAGCCACUGCAGCAUCGGCAACAUCAGCCAGUGCCGGUGGCAGCAACAACAGUGUCGGCAAUAGUACGUCGGCAAGCGCAUUUCCGGCCGCAGCAGCCGCCGUGGCCGUGGCAGCCGCUGCAGCCAGCAGCUAUCAGAAACAGCAGCAACAGCAGCAGCCACUGUUCAACAACGAACAGCAACAACAGCAGCUCUUGGAGGCUAACAACAAAAUGCAGGAGCUGCAGAGGCAGCUGGAUCGACUGGGAAGCGAGCAACUGCAGUUGGAGACACGCAUCACAGAGCUGCUGCCAUACCAAAGCGAGGUGGUCAAACUGAAGGGCGAUCUGGUUAAGAUGCAGAAUCUACAGGAGAAAACACAAAUGGAAAUCGGCAAUCUGAAAUAUGAAAAUGAAUCUUUGCGCAAUCGCUUGCGGGACGUUGUCAACUCGCCAUUGUCGGAUGCGGAGAAGCAUCAGAUUAUACAAGAUUCGCAGCGUUUGCAUAGCUCAGCGCCCGCCUCCAUAGCACUGCCCAGUACAAACGAAGCGCACGAUGGGACGCCCUGCCUCACGCCCGACUGGGACAAGCAGUCGUCGUCCAGCGAAAUAUCAGUAGCCUGCUUGCAGGACAAGAUCAUCCAGAUGGAGGAGACCCACUACUCGACCAAUGAGGAGCUGCAGGCCACCCUCCAGGAGCUGGCCGACCUGCAAACGCAGCUCAGCGACACCCAAACGGAGAACGAACGGCUCGCCGAGGAGAAGGAUGUGCUCUUCCAGUCGCUCUGCCGCCAGACGGAAAAGCUGAACGAGUCCCGAACGCAGAUCAGCACCCUUCAGGAGCUGCUGCUGCGCGACACCAAGCAGGCGGCUGAGGUGUGCACAUCGGAGCGCGAGAAAAAGCUGCUGGAUCUCAUCCAGACGUCGCAGGAGGAGCGGGAGGCGGUGCUGCUCAAGCAGGAGGAGCUCAACGGGGAGCUGGCCGAGCUGCGACAGAACCGCGAUGCCGCACAGCAGGAGCAGCAGCGGCAGCGGGAGCGCAUCGCCUUGCUUGACUCGCAGCUGGACGCGGCCACGGCGGAGCGUAAGCAGGGCGAGGCACAGUUCUCGCAGGCCAAGGAGGAGAUCUCGCAGCGGGCCAUUGAGAUCAGCAGGCUGAGCACGCUGCUCGAGAAUGCCCGCUCCAAGAUCGAGGAACUGGAGGCGGAUUUGGCGCGUGGCGACAAGACCGAUCUCAGCGACGUACUGGACGCAGCCCGACGGGAGAAGGAUGCCCUGGAGGAGCGGCUGGCCGAGCUGCAGGAUCAGUGGUCGCGCAGCCAGGCGGAGUUGCGUCGCCUGCGGGAGCAGCUGGCCGGACUGACCGAGGAGUGCAAGGUGGCCAAGAACAAUGCCAAGUGCGCCGUCUCCCAUCUGGAGUAUCGGCUGGAACAGCUGCAGCGCGACAAGGACAAGCUGGCCGGUGACUGUCAGGCGCUGGAGGAGCGGGUGGCCGAGCUGCAGGUGCAGUCCAAGUGCCACCACGAGGACAAGGCCCAGCUGCAGACGCUGCUCGGCGAAACGCAGAGGCACCUGGGCGACGUGAAGCUGAAGCUGAGCGACACCGAGCAGCGGCUGGACAAGGAGACGCAGCUGCGGCGACGAGAGGCUGAGGAAUGGCAACAGUUCCAGGCGGAUCUGCUGAUGACCGUGCGUGUUGCAAACGACUUCAAGACUGAGGCGCUAAGCGCUCGCGAGCAGCUCGUGCUCGACAACAAGACGCAAAAGGAGAAAAUCCGGCUGCUGGAGCAGCAGCUGGAGAAGCUCACCACCAAGCAGCUACCGCAGCCGCCGUCGGAGACGCCACAGUCGUUGCUGUCCACGGUCCAGCUGGAGAUGGCAACGCGUCGCAGUAAACUUAGCUUUAGCCGGCAGGACUCCAGGCUGUCCGUCAAGACCCUCAUAGAGAGCAUCGAGAAUAACAAGGCGCAAGGCAAAUCGGAUGAAGCGGAGUCAAACUACAGCUCCAAUUCGAGCCUGAACAGCGGCACGCCCGAGCUGGGGAACACUCCCAUCAUUCUGGCCGCCUCCGGUGAUUGGCACGAGAGCCUUCGUUUGCCAGUCCUGCAGAGCAGCAAUCUGCACGUAAAUGUAGGAACAACGACUGCGGCAGCAGCAGCAGCAGCUGACGCUGCAACUGGAGGAGCCGGAGGAGUAGGAUCAGCUAACUCUACCAAAGCCACAAUGCCGUUGCGGGAGCAGCAGCAACAGCAGCAGCAUGUGACGGCUGCCAACUCCUCGCAGCCCUCCACACCGGCCACGCCCAGCAGCAGCGGCAGCAGCCAGCCGCCCAGUCUGCCCUUUGGCAGUGUCUCAAAGUCCUUCAUUAGCGGCGAGCGCAAGGAUCCGCUAAAUAUGCUGGCCAAGAACGGUGGCUCCAAGAGGAAUGCACUGCUCAAGUGGUGCCAGAACAAGACAGUGGGCUACCGCAACAUUGACAUCACGAACUUCAGCUCAUCGUGGAACGAUGGCCUGGCCUUCUGCGCGAUCCUUCACUCUUAUCUGCCGGAUCGCAUACCCUACGAUCAGCUCAGUCAGGCAAACAAGCGGCGAAACUUUUCGCUUGCUUUUGCCGCCGCCGAAUCGGUGGGAAUUGGCACCACACUCAACAUCAACGAUAUGUGCCAGCUUGAGCGGCCCGAUUGGAUGCAGGUGAUGUCCUAUGUGACGGCGAUCUACAAAUACUUUGAGACCUAGAUGGAUGCCGUCUCUCGUCUACCGUCUACCGUCUUUUGUGUAUAUUUAUAAUCAGCAUUUCCUCAAUGUUUUGCGUUCAGACGAAUCCCUCUGACCUCUGACACGACAAGAAGAAAAUAUUUUAACUUUAGCCCCUCCUCCCCACGCCCUUAGUGUAUAUGUAUGUGUUUUUUGUUUUUGUUUUUUUUUUUCUCUCUUCAGACUUUCAUUUUGUAUGUCUAUAUGUCUAUGUCUACACCAUUUAUCGAUGUUAGUGGACAGGUGGUUGAAAAAUCUUGACUUAUUUGAAUGAAUGAAUGAAUGAAACGGAGCAGCAGGCAACAGGCAACAGAGCAUGAAAAACAAUUGUUUAUUAAAUAUUAAGUAAUCUGUAAAAUGCAUUUGUUUGUUUUUUCGGUUUUACAGAUGAACGCUAGAGCCCCCUAGAUAUUGUAGAACUUAGUUUAAAGAUACUCGUAUGUUUAAAAAGCAGCUUCGAGGUUGGUUUUUUUUUUGUUGUAUAAGAGAGUGCCCCCCUGUAUGCCGAGUGUCCACUGUAUUUUCUCUCUCUGUGUGUAUGUAUGUUUUU